AAAAAAAUUCUUCCUCGAAUUGCACAUCGAUAAAAUCUCUUUGGUGGAAUUUUUCCUAGUCACACUUAUUUAAAUUUAUGUCUAAAGUCGCUUUCAUUCAAAGCACCUUUAGUUACGCCUUCGGAUGAUUGUCUAAAAAUUGAGGUUUCAACUAAAGCAACAAAGUCCAUUGUUCAUUUCGGAAAAAGUUUAUCUAAACCCUCGAAUGAAAUUAGCCGCGAAAAGUCACAGACUUUGUGCUAUUUUAUCGAAACCGAAAUGAUAUCUUAGAUAUUGAAAGAGUGCUUUUAGUGGGCACGUCGCUUGAAUAACGAAUGUAUCGCAUUUAUAGGCGAUCGUCAUGGAUCCUCUCUUGAAAAAUCUCAAGAAACAAGUUACUUGCUCGAUUUGUCUGGAUACCUACACCGAACCCAAAACUAUUUCAUGUCUUCACACGUUUUGCUGUGAGUGUUUGGAGAGACAUGCAAGAGUGAGCCAGAGACAAGGAAAAUUUCGAUGCCCCGAGUGUCAAGCUGAAAUUGGUUUGCCAGAAGGAAAUCGCUUUGACCGUCUGCCCAACAGCUUUUUUCACAAAAGUCUACUCGGUGUCCUUGAAGCAGAAGAUCACGGAGCUGUGCCGAGGCCGCAACAGGAGACUUGCUCGCAACAUAAGGAGGAACGAUUACGGUAUUUCUGCUUCUCGUGUGAUAUGUGUAUUUGUCCAAUUUGCGUGACUGAAGACCACCGAGGCCAUGCGUUUGAAGUGCUUGAAAAAGCAAUGCAAGAAGAGAAGAAAAACAUCGUGUCCAACGUCGAGACUAUCAAGGAAAAGGCAAACUUGUUUAGAGAAGAAAUUAGAAAACUGGAAAAGACAUCUGAAGAUGUCGAAAUGAUUAUCACAAUCGCUAAACGCGAAGUGUCAGAGGCAGCUGAACACGUGAUCAUAAAGACGCGACAGCAAGAAAAACAGCUGUUACAGUCCCUAGAAAUGACGCGUAGGAAGAGAAUCGAGCGAAUCAACUCGGCUAAACAAGAACUCGAAUCUUUGGUGAAACGAAUGAUCCAAGCAGCUGAGUUUGCAGAAAAAAUGGUGCAGAGAAACUCAACUGCGGAUAUUAUUCGGAACAAAAAUACUUUGAGACAGAAAUUUGAAGAGCUUCGAGGAAGUGAAGUUCCAAAACAUCGCCAGACUACAUUUGUCAAGUUUGCCGCGGUAUCGCUGCAAAACUUUAAACUGGGUUCUAUUCAAGUCACUGAGAAACCGGUAAACGCAUUUAAAUCAACUCUGGAACGACUGGAUCAAACUUUCCAUGCUGGUGUACAAGCAGAGUUCAUGUUAUGCCCAAGGACAUCUGGAGGAGAGAUGAGUGACCAGGAUGAUCUUAAAGAUCAAGUCGCAUUGUUGAUAAAACCCGCCAAAGAUGUAAUAAGCGUGAUUGUCGAAGACAAAGAUGACGGAAAUGUUAGGUUGAUGUUUACUCCCAAAGUACCUGGGGCUUACAGCAUUCAAGUGAAGAUUAAUGGCGAUAAAUUACCUACCUGUCCCAUGACUGUGCUGGUAAAAGAACGUGAACUUGUUGUGGCCGGUGAGUUGAAGUUAAAGUUCUUUCCAGGAGACACGCUUACAGGAUUAAAUGGUAUUGCUGUGAACACGAAAGGCGAGAUAGCUGUGACAGAUAACAAGGGCCACUGCGUUUAUGUCUUUGACAAAGACGGCAACUGUUCGAGAAAAAUUGGAAGUAUGGGGAGCAGCGCAGGAAAAUUUCAGUACCCUGAAGGUGUUUCCUUCUUAAAUGACAAUGAGGUCCUAAUUGCAGAUAGCUGCAAUAAUAGAAUACAACGACUCAAUAUUCAGACAGGAACAGUGGUGAAAAUUUUUGGGAAAUACGGUCAAGGAAAAGGAGAGUUCGGCUUUCCAAUCGACGUGAAUGUGGAUGAGGAAGAGCGCGUUGUUGUAUCUGAGUGGGAAAAUAAUAGGAUACAGGUGAUGUCAAAGGAGGGAGAACCUAUUUUCACAUUUGGAGACUGGGGCCCAGAGAAACUCUGCAAGAUAAGGAGCUGCAUUAGUUUUAAAAACAUGUUUCUCGUAUCUGAUGGAGGCAAUUACUGCAUAAAAGCUUUUGAUAAGUCAGGAACAUUCUUAUACAAGUUUGGAAAACAAGGGAAUCAAGAUGGACAAUUCAAUUGGCCUGGUUGUCUGCUUGUAGACAGCUCUGAUAAUAUUCUUGUAUGUGACUAUCACAAUAACCGAGUUCAGCAGAUUUCAUUGGACGGUCGUUUCAUAGGGAAAAGCAUCACUCGGUUACCAGAACCUGCUGCAAUAACAACAGCACCAGAUGGGCGCGUCCUUGUGACUAGUGAGGAUGAGAAAAAAGUGUACAUUUUGAAGUAGACGUUUUAAACGUAAAUGUUACCUCUAGCAUCACUCAUUACCUGAAUUUAUGUGAUUUUAGGAUAAACGUAAUAAGAGAAUUAAGACUAGAUGAUUUAUUCUGUUUUUGGUUUGUUUGUCUGUUUUUUUCUUUUUGGUUUUUGUUUUUGUUUUUGUUUUUUUUUUCAUGGAGUCUGUAGUUAGUAACCUUUACAAAUAUCUUGCCCAUGAAGUCUGUCAGGAGAGGUAUGGAUCUAGAGCCAGUUGCCUCUCAGGUCAUUUGGUUGUAUCGAGGUCUUGUAUUAUAUGUUUCAUCUUCUAUUGCAUCUGUUGGCCCUCAACGGUUCAGUUGAAAGGAGCCGGCUGUGAUGGAUACCAAAAUAGUUACUCUUAAAAACGAUUGAUAUCAUUUUAUAAGCUUGGAGGGCUCUAGUUUCUCAUGAAUGACGUCCUUGUUUCAGUCUUCCGGUGUCAUCAUUUUAAAUGUGCUCGCGAACUGCUUUCGGUUGGUUUUUUGUUCUGUGUUUGUCUUUCUUUGCUUUUCUCCUCUUUUCCUUUUUCAAGUUUUCUUGAAGAAUUGUGGUGGAUAAUAUCAAAAAAUCUGUAGAGAGAGAUUUGAUAAUUUUUUUUUAAAGAACUAACGUUUUGAGAGGGAGACAGAUAACCCAAGUCUUUCAAAUUCUCCUUAAUCCAGUUUCAAUUAUUUUCAUCCUCUGCCAUCCCUAUAGUUUUCUUACAAGGUUUAUUUUU